AUGGAAAGACACAAACAUUUCUUCCCAUUUUUACCCCUUAAAGAUUUCCCAAAAUAUUUCAUUUCUAAACGUAAUGGCAAAAAGCCUAUAAUCAAUUUGCAAAUCAUGACAUUCUUUUCUCCAGAUUCCGUGUUCCACACAGCUUGGACGCAAGUGGUCAACCCUUCAAACCCAAAUGCUAUUGAUGCAAGACUUUGCUUUGACCUCAUUGCAGCUAUUGAAGCUCAGCUCCCAUCGCUACCACAAAAUAAAGUUCUAACACCAAGUGAAUCCCCAAAACAGCCCAUCCUUUCCAAAAAUGCAAGACGAGUCCUUUCAAGCCAUUUGGACCAAACCGAGCCAGGUUGGACCCUUUCAAAAAAUGACUUUCUUGCUCUUUAUAAGCAUAUCUCUGGUGGAUUAGACCUCUUGGAAACUGUUUUACCCAAUAGACUUUCUUCAACCAGCUUAACUACAACAACACCCACUAUGGGGUAUACUAAACCACGAAGAAGUCCCUUUAAAACUCGCUGGAAUACCAUUGAUAGUCCCCAAAGAGAUUUUAAAAGAUCAGUUUCUCUUAAUGCGUUACCUUUUAUAAAUACCAACCCAACCCUAGACUUUAAUUCACACUUGGAUGAUAAUAAUAAUAAUAAUAAUAAUAAUAAUAAUAAUAAUAAUAAUAAUAAUAAUAAUAAUAAUAAUAAUAAUAAUAAUAACAAUGAUAAUGAUAAUGAUAAUGAUAAUGAUAAUGAUAAUGAUAAUGAUAAUGAUAAUGAUAAUGAUAAUGAUAAUGAUAAUGAUAAUGAUAAUGAUAAUGAUAAUGAUAAUGAUAAUGAUAAUGAUAAUGAUAAUGAUAAUGAUAAUGAUAAUGAUAAUGAUGACCUUCAAGCUGCUUUCAUCCAAAACCUUUCUCAUUUUAAAAGCCCCCCAUAUAGCCGUCGUCUUAGAGAAACCCGCUCCCAUAAAGAUAUCAAAACCAUAAGCUCUCAGCAAGAUCACAUUUCCUAUCUCGAGGACCAAAAUUCAACUCUCUCUUCUCUGCUUGCAGACAUCCGCGUCACAGUUACACGUCUAGAACGUGAAAAUAAAAUACUCAAAGACUCAGAGGAAACCAAACACCGCCAGCUCGAACAAAUGGAGUCCCAUCUCGCCACAUCCGCUCAGGAGCUUCAGGACCGUCGACAACAAUACUCAUCACUUUCAGAAGCUUAUCUUGAAGUAAAACGAGAAUCAAGACUCAAGGAAAAAGUAAAUAAUGAUAAUAACAAUGACAAUAUCAAUAUCAAUGAUAAUGAUAAUAACAAUGACAAUGACAAUAUCAAUGAUAAUGAUAAUGAUAAGAACAAUAUCUCAAACCCACGAGUAUCUUUAACGACCACUUUCCCUCAUAUGGAGGUCCCCAAAAACUCAUCUGACUUGGUUUCUGACCUAAAAGUCUUGGCAGACUCAUUUCAAACCGAGUACUCGUUAUUUCUCCAAAAACUGGUUCUCAAAAAACCUCUCAUAGAUCUUCUAUCCCGUGCAAUGACUGCUCAUACCAGACUUUUCAUUGCUAUUGUUGCAAACCUUUCCACAGACCUUACUCAAACACAAGAAACUCUUCAAGAUAUCAAGUCUCAGCUUCAAAUUCAAAUUCAACAACAACCACUAACCCUUGGAAAUGAUAAAAUUUUUGCAAAUUUUAAAGAGUCAUCUGCUCGCUCUUUAGCUUCAAACACUGAUGAGAAUGGGAACAUUGAUCUGGACACAUUUCUUGAUACUAUCCAGCGAAUCUCGGACGAACAAAAGGCAUACCUAACCACCCUCUCCAAGCCUUCGGAGGACUAUAAAAACAUUUCCUCUCACAUAGUUGCCCCAGAUUUUAAGGAAUCAAAAAAUUAUAAUAACGAUGAUGUUGAUGACUCAUUCCCUAUUUUUCCUACCCCUCCUUCUCAUAAACCCGAGUUGCGCUCGCUGAAAAAUGACAGAAGACCUCGCUCAAGAUCAACUCCGGCAUCCUCAUUAUCUGCAUCCAUCCAUGAGCGAACCUUAAAAAAGCACCGUCUUCAACAACAAUUGCUCCACCGUAAGCAGUUGGCUGCCGCAAUAGCCGCUGCAAACAAGAAGAACAGUAUACGUUCCAUUAUGUUUUCAAGACCUUACGCAUCUCUCUCUAUCUUGGUUCUCGUUAUCUCAUUUUUCUUCUACUAUUGGAUUUCGGCUUUUCAAGCAUCCUUUUCAAAGUUCUCUCAACCUCAAGACUUUUCUUCUUCUUCCUUAUUCUCGUCGUCAUCUUCUUUUUCAAAAAUCCUCUGGUGGCAACGUCUGGGGGGUCCCGUAGAAUCAUGGGGCGCUGCCCUGGACAAACGCGCACGUCCUACAAACCACGAAACUCCUGUAUAA